AUGGCAAACAAUGUGAUGAAGAUGUUUCAAUCUGGUAAUUGCCAAAGAAUGUCCACAAAUUCAGAGCUUUCUUCUGAGUGCUCUAAUGGAGAUUUAUAUGGUGAUUUCUGGUCAAGUUAUGGCUUCUGCCAUGAAAGCCCUUCUGAUAAUCAAAGCUAUGUUCCAGAGUUUAUGGGGAUUGAUCAUGACAUGCACUUUGAUAUGGUUUCAGAUGCAUAUCAUCUUGUUGAGAAACCAAAGAGUGGUUUUCAAGAAGAAGAUGAUCCUGAGAAGUCUUUGGAGUCUGAAAUUUGUGAGCUUUUGGGGCAUGACAACAGUAAAUCCAAGCCUGUUUCAUUCCCUUACUUUGAGAUCAUCAAUGGUGAUGGUCAGCAAAGUGAGCUUCAAUCUUGUUCUAAUGGUGAAGAGAUCACUGAACAUAUGGAUGAAGGAAGAGGUGGUUUAUCUACUGAAGAAGUUAUGAAGAUUGCUGCUGCACAUUAUAUACAGUUUUCGACUGAUCAAGAGGGUGAAUCUUCGAUUCUAAUGCAUUCUAUGAGCUUAACUUAUGCAGGAUUAAAUGGUAAUGAGAUAAAGAAUGUUGAGCUUGCCGGGCUACUUCUCGCUGCAGCUGAGAAGGCGAGUAAUCAACAGUAUGAUCGGUCGAGUAACUUGUUAAGGCAGUGCAUGGCUUUGUCUUCAAGCACCGGAAAUACGGUGCAGAGAGUGGUUCACUAUUUUUCUGAUGCAUUGCAGGAAAGGAUUUAUCAAGAGACCGGAAGAUGCUCGUUUAAAGGAUCAAAGAAUUCGGGUGUUCCCGGUGAGGAUGUGAUCAGAAGAAUGCUAAGUAACCAUCCAGUUCAGCUUAUACUUCAUCAGAAACUCCCAUUUGCUCAUCUCUUGGAGUGCCCUUCAAUUCAGACAAUCUUAGAAAGUGUUGAGCUUGUGACUAGAGUUCAUGUCAUUGAUCUUUCAAUCAAGCAUGGAACUCCAUGGACCCUUCUCAUGCAAGCACUGGCCACAAGAUCAAAUCCAGUUGAGUACCUGAAGAUAAGUGCAGUUGGAUCAUCAGAAAAAGCGAUAUCCGAAACAGGGAAAUGGUUAAAGGACUUUGCUGAAACUCUGAAUAUAGUGUUAGAUUUCAAGCCUGUGAUAGUUCCAAAUGUUAAGGAACUCAAAGAGGACAUGUUCGAGAUCAAAGAAGAUGAAGCCAUAGCUGUUUACUCGGCAUUCGUUGUGAACACAAUGGUUGUGAAGCCGGAUAAUUUGGAGAACCUCUUAAGAGUGAUCAGAAGGUUGAAGCCAUGCAUAAUGACCGUUUUCGAUGUCGAAGCUAAUCAUAAUUCUCCAAACUUCAUCACAAGGUUUACUGAAUCAUUGUUUUACUUCAGUGCAUUCUUUGAUUGCAUUGACAGUUGCAUGGAUGAAGAUGAUCCUUAUAGGAUGCAUUUAGAAGGAAACGAUUUUUCGCAAGGGAUUAGGAGCAUUGUGGCAACUGAAGGAGAAGAGAGGGUUGUGAGACAUGUUGGAAUUGGAGUUUGGAGAUCAUUCUUUGCAAGAUUUGGAAUGGUGGAAGUGGAACACAGUGAGUGGUCAAAGUAUCAAGCUAAUCUUCUUGUUAAGCAGUUACCUCAAGGGAUUUCCUGCAAUUAUGGAAGGAAUGGCAAGUCUUUAGUUAUCAAGUGGAAAGGAACCCCUCUGCAUUUUAUUUCUGCUUGGAGAUUCAAUUGA